UAAAAGCCAUUCUGUCCCCACCCCAACUUAACAUUCCUUGCUCGGAAACUGAUCUCAUCAUUAUCAACUUAAAGCUCGCUCGUAUCAUUGCUUCACGCAUUUGAGAUUAAAGAUGAAGUUGUUGGCGUUUUUCUUGUUAUGCUUGGCGGUGAUGGUUAACUCCACUCCGAUGGAACGAAAAAAGAGGUCUGUCAUGACAAUGGCGUCAGGAUUUCCUUUUGGUACAGGUGCUUUCGCUGGUACAGGCUUUGGAGGAUGGCCUAUGUUUAGUCCCUGGGAUAUGCCAAGACCUUACAUGCCCAUUCCAUGGCCUAUGUUUCCAAUACCAACUAGGCCGUGGUAUGAAGGGGAGAAUGUAUGCACAACUACCAAAGAGAUAGAGGAUCCAAAAGAACUGCAGGAAUGGUUUGAUGAAGCCUCUCCAAAUAUAGACUACAACCACCAAAGUGAACAGUGCCAGGGAACGAGUUCAAAAUAUGUCUGCUUCAAGAGGUACUCAAGCAAUGGGGUGUCAAAGAUGCAAAUUACUAAAUAUGAGUGUUGCCAUGGUUUCGUACGCAACGGUGGUUCUGGAUGCAUUGAAAGUCCUGCUACAACACAAAAAUCAGGUGGACGCAGACCAGAUUCAUACUACUUUUAUCCCAUUCAAGCAACCACAGACUCUUCUAGAAGUGGUGUAGAAGCUGUACCUAUCCAAUAAAAGCAUUGGUUAAUGAACAUUUUGGAGUGCGAAGGAAAAUUUCUUUCGAAAUGUGAUUGUAUAUUGUAUUGCAUUUAAUAAGAAUUAAAUGUUUUAUUUUGUGAUGA